UAUUCUUACUUUCUGCGUGCCAAUCUGCUCUUCAGUGAUCCCUGGGCUAAGCUGUAUAUAAACGGCAGGACGUCUCACAUGUACGCCAUGCUGCUGUUGCUACUGUCGGUGUUGCUCAUCUUAGCACCUCUGGUUCUGCUUCUUCGAAACGCCAAGAGAGCGCGCUUAAUUCGCCUGGUGGAUAAGAUUCCCGGGCCGCCAUCUUACCCCUUCGUGGGAUCAGAAUUGUCCUUGUUGUUAGCACCGAGAAACAAGCAGUGGGGGCUGCUGCAAAUGCGACUGCGCAAAUACCAGCCGAUCAUGCGCACUUGGGUCGGGCCCAUUGCAGUUGUUCACCUCACACGACCAGAGCACAUCGAGAUACUACUCAGCAGCACUCGACACUUGGAGAAGUCAUUUGCCUACAAGUUUAUAGAACCUUGGCUGGGCACUGGGCUCCUCACUGCAACAGGCGGUCAGAAAUGGCAUGUCCACAGGAAGAUGAUCACACCAACGUUCCACUUCAGUAUCUUGGACAGCUUCGUGGAAGUGUUCUCAGAGAAGAGUGAGAUACUGGUGAAAAAACUGCAGAAGGAAGUCGGAUCACCGGGCUUCGACAUGUUCCCUUAUGUCACUCACUGUGCCUUGGAUAUCAUCUGUGAGACGGCGAUGGGCACCCCUGUGAACGCUCAGGAAGAGGCAGAGUCGUCCACAUACGUCAGAGCGCUCUACGAUAUCUCAAGACUCAUCACGCGGAGGGUACCGCGACCCUGGCUCCACAAUGACUUCCUCUACAAGCUCACCAGGGACGGUAGAAGACAUAACGAAUGUCUCGAGGUUCUGCACGGCUUCACGAAAAAGGUGAUACAAGAACGGAAGAAGACGCGACUGAACUCAUCAAGGACGAUUUCUGAGCAGCAAGAAGACGAGGGCAUUGGCAAGAAGAAGCGACUGGCUUUCCUGGACAUGCUACUAGAUGCCUCUGAAGGUGGAACCAAAUUAACAGACGAGGAGAUACGGGAAGAAGUCGACACCUUCAUGUUCGCGGGUCACGACACGACCAGUGCUAGCAUCUGCUGGGCUCUGCUCCUGCUAGGACUACACCCUCAUGUGCAGAGUAAGGUGCAUGAGGAGCUGCAGUGCAUCUUCCAGGGGUCUGACCGCCCUCCCACCAUGAAGGACCUCGCGGAUAUGAAGUUACUUGAGAGGGUCAUCAAGGAGUCACUUAGAGUCUACCCUAGCGCGCCGCUGUUUUCGAGGCUGCUUAGGGAGGACAUCGAAAUAGGCGGCUACACCAUACCAGCAGGCAGCACUCUUAGAGUCAACGUCUAUUGUCUCCACCGGAACCCAGACCAGUUCCCCAACCCCGAGAAGUUCGACCCUGACAACUUCCUGCCAGAGAGGGUAGCAAAGAGACACCCUUAUGCCUACAUCCCCUUCAGCGCUGGCCCCAGGAACUGCAUAGGCCAGAAGUUCGCCCUGCUGGAGGAGAAGACUGUCUUGUCCUACAUGCUGCGUCACUACGAGCUGCGAUCACGUGACAGCAGGGAAGACAUGAACUUAUUGGCAGAAAUUAUUUUGAGGCCUGAGAACAGAGUCCGAAUGAGUAUCAAGGCCAGGAGAAAGGAGGGCGCGGAGAUGAGGAGCAGCUGAAGAGCGUAGAGCGAGUCCUGUUGUCAUCUGUCUGCAUUUGUAUUGCGCCUUCUGCUCUACCAGGUUACGUCAUUCCUUGUGUAUGUAUAAGUAUGCCUCAAUUUAUCACCGAAGUAUGCAAAUCGGACUAAUCUUGAAAAUAAAAGCUCCUACCUCUUACUGAUGACGCAAAAGUC